GGAAACUCCGCCAUUUGUUGUCAUGUAAAAAGUUUUCCUUCUAAAACACCGAUUUUUCGCCCAGAAUGGGUUGAAUUUGAACUUUUGGAGAUUACAGACAAAAAUAAGAAUCAAAGUAAUAUGUUGCAGUAUGUUCUUCCAAAAUGAGCCGCCACAAUGCACAAGGCACUCAGCACAUCAAGACUUUCACUGUCUGGUCCAAUCCUCAAUAAGAAGGUCACGGUCACUCUCUUGUCUGGAGAAGAACUACAGCUAGUCACUGAUAGCAAGGCUAAGGUGCAGCAUUUAUUUGACCAGGUCUGUCAACACUUGAGCCUAAGGGAGACUCAGUACUUUGGACUGGCUGUCAGAAAUGAUGGUGAAUUCUGGUUCCUCGACCUGGUCAACAAGAUCAGCAAGUAUGCACCAAAAGCAUGGAAGGGCAAGAGAGGAGAUGGGUGUGACGGUGUGGGCAGACCUCUACUUAAACUCUACCUCAGAGUGCAGUACUUCAUUUACUUCAGGCUUUUGAGAGAGAAGGUCACCCGCCAUCUCUACUAUCUGCAACUUGUAGAGAAUGUGCUGACAUACAACCAGUCGACAACCCUCGAGAAAUGUUUCCAGCUGGCGGCCUACGCUCUCCAGGCCAAUCUCGGCAGCUACACGCCAGGAAAACACACGGGACAUUAUUUCCAGGCCAAGAAAUAUCUACCAGCAUGGGUCAUUGCCGAAAGAGGAGAAAAGUACAUCAUCCUAAACUUGUCCCUAAUGCACAAAGAUUUACGUGGCGUCUCAAAGGUCCAGGCGGAGCUGAAUUUUAUCAAGGAAGCAUCUGCACCCCCAAUGUCACACAAUAUGCUGUUAUAUCGGUUGAAAAAGAAAAAGAGUGAGCGAAAACCAUCGCUAUGGAUUAGUAUAUGUCCAACUGGAUUAGAGAUUUAUGAGGAUGUUCCAAGCAGUUUCAAAAAUGAACUGUCAGUAUUUGAAUGGGGAGCCAUUGGAAGACUUCAAUAUAAUAAAAAGAAGUUUGAGAUUCAGAUGGAGAAUCCCCCUCAUGGGCGCAAGUUUACUUACUACACGACUAGUCAUGAUUACUCCGGCCACUUACUUUGGUUGUGCCAGAAGACACAUGCCUUACAAAUGGCACUGCAGGCAACCGUCAGUGAGAGCAAAAGACAGGAGGAAGAAGAGAGGAGACACUAUCGUGAGUCUUAUAUCUACAGCGAUGAGAUGGACCUGGCUUUGGAGCAGCAGAACGAUAAAACGUCCGACCGAGAUAAACGAAUCUCACUUAUCAGCAAAACAAGCUCGGUCACGACUUCUGGCAUCGCUAGUGAAAAGAUGCAGGCUAGUCUAGACAGUGAUAAUGGCGAUGAUGGCCUGAGUAUCAAGAAUCCGCCUUCAGAGACAGCUGUUGGUUUUUCCGAGAGCAGUGGAACUUCUUCCCUGAGUCGACAACUGGGCUCUGUAAGCCUGGAGAAAAAGUCUUACGCAUUAUCAGAAAGUGCUUUCAGAGAGCUUCUAAGUAAUCGAACGGAGGGAGGAGGGCUUGAUGAGUUGCAACCCAGUGGUAAACAGGAGUCGCGUGAACCGUCCAGUGAUGAUACAGUUACUACUGCACCCGUCCUUGCUCCUUCGGCUAUUCCUAAACUGCAGCCUGUCCCGCCGGUGCAAACUGUCCACAAAGAGGCUCACUCUGCCCCAGCAUCAAUGGAUAUACUCUCCGCCUCUUCAAUGAGAUUUGACGACGACUUUGGGGUUCCUAAUUCAACUGUGCGUCAUGCUACAGCUAAAUCUGUAGGUGGUGUACAGGAGGCGCCAUCUGUGUUGACGGGGAAUUACAAUGAUGUGGUAGACAUGUUUGACAUGAUUGGGGAAGGAAUGAAUGUUCCGGUGUCUGAACAGGAAAUUGCAAGUUGUGAUAAAGUGGUUGAACCAAAAAGUGUUUCAUGUGAAGUGAUAUGGACUAACAGCCGCAGUGCUGCAGUUCAUUCAACAAGCUUAUCCCAUGCCUCGUCAGGGAGCCAAGCUACAUCAGUAAAAUCUCUUGGGCACCAGCCUAGUUUUGAAAGUUCUACGAUUCCACGAAAGUUGUCCCAUCAGCAUUCUCUACCUCAGCCUGCCAGAAGUUAUGACAGUUUGUUGCAGACAACAGUGAAUGUACCUCGCUUUGAAUCAAACAGCUGUUUAUUUCAUGGUUCUCAAGGGUUUGUGGACUACAACAACCCAACCCAUAAUGACAACAUGGGAUAUUUCAAUGACAGUUCGAACAACUUGUAUUCCUAUGUUCCUGUCUGCAUGGAAAAUGGGAUGAACAAUGUGGAUGAGCAUUCUGUGACUCAAUUUAAUGUCCCGCAGGUUGCCCAAGCAGGGGCAUCAAUUGUUGGAACACCAUUCAGUAUUCAAUCCGAUAGCAUCCAUUCUUCCCUGGCUGUGUCACAGACUAUUGGAGCUAAGCCUCCUUCCCAUCCUCAUGAAUCAAAUGAAAGGACGAUUCCUCAACUUGUGGGUCAACCGUUUACAAUUCAGUCGGAGCCUGUUCAUUCUGCUCUUGCCGUGUCACAGUCUACCGGCCACAGAAUGCAGGCUGGCCCUGGACAGCCAAUGCAGGGGCAAGUUAUUGUUGGGCAGCCGAUGCAGGCACAGGUGGUUGCUGGGCAGACCAUGAAGGCUGUUUCUGGGCAACCUAUGCAGGCAGUCCAUGGGCAAUCACCUCAGAUGCAGGGACAACCAAUGCAGAUGGUGCAUAGUCAGCCAAUGCAGACUCUACAAAGACAACAGAUGCAACCUUUACAAGUGCAACAAAAGCAGGUGCAGACUUUGCAAGGUCAGCACAUGCAGACUUUCCAAGCUGACCCAAUGGCUCUGCAAGGUGAGCAGAUGACAUUCCAAGGUCAGCAGAUGCCAACUUUUCAAGGUCAGCAGAUGAAUUUACAGGGUCCGCAGAUGCAGACUUAUCAGGGACGGCCAAUGCAGAUCUUUCAAGAUCAGCAGAUACAGAAUUAUCAAGGCCAACAGGUGCAAACUUUGCAAGGUCAGCAGGUGCAGAUGAUAUCAGGUCUGCCUGGGCAAAAUCUGCCGUCUGUUCAUGGACAACAAUACAUUGUGAACUCUGAAAAUCACCACAUGCCACAGGAUAUAAACGUACAGUAUCAUUACAAUGCACAAAACUUUGAUGGUGUCGGUGUAACUCAUGAUCAAUUCAAUGGACCAUAUGCAUUCCAACAAGACAGCGUCCAUGCCCCACAGCCUGUUAUGAGGCAGCCCCCACAGCCUGUCAUUAGGCCGCGGCCCGAUUAUCUUCGGCAUUACGUUAACGAGGAAAUGUUCAAGGACAUCAGUGCCCAGAAGAAGAAACGUCUAAGUGCUGGUGAUCUUAUUAGCGGUGUUCUGCCUAACAUUCAGACCAAUAACUUCAGUAAAAGUACGGAAGAACUCUCCAUUAAGAGUAAGAAACCGUCUGUGACUAAGGCAUAUUCAUUUGGUGACGAGAAACUCCAUCCCGAUCUGGAGAAUCUGCGUAGUGUGUCCUCCGAUACGUCAUCUUUGCCUCUAAUGACAGCAUUGUGUAAUGAUAGGACCUUAUUUGACAUUAGAACGGAUACAGUACGCGAACAUCCAAAAGAAAUGAAGGAACUUCAACAAGAAGAGGAAGUUGUACUCCGGCAAAAGGUGGAUCCAAAAAAUCAAGUCCCAGAACAACGUCAUUCGUCGUUGUGUUCAGUCGAUACUGACUAUUCUCAAGAUACUAUGCUGUCCAUGAGUAGCUCCAUCCAACAGACGAGUUCCGAUGAUGUGUCACUCUCGUCUGUUAUAUCCGGCCCGUUCGCAGUGAAAGAUGGUAACCGAGUGUCGUUGUGUUCGGACAAAUCUGACCUCCUGCAGCAUGUUGGUGUUCAGAGCCAGAAUGGGCAGCUGAUUACGAUAUCAUAAAGAUUCUGCGACAGCACAUUAUACAAAAUUCAUUUUGUCAGUUCGGUUUUGACCAAGUAUCAAGCGAUCAGAUGUCUCAAAGUCGCUGGUGCAUGUUGUAAUUGAGAUCUGUUGUCUUAAAAACAUGUUUAACACAUCAUGUUUAUCCGGCCAAUUUGAAGCUGGCAGUAUUUUCAAGUAUUCAUUUUAAAAGUAAAAACUAUGUACUUGUGUGCACGUACACCUGUGAGCCAAUAGGUGUUGAUGUAGAAAGUGAGCCUGUACAUUUUGUAUUUUUAUGUAUGUAAUACAUGAAAGUAUUAUGUUGCCUGUGGAUUUUCAGAAUGCAUAUUUGGGAAAUCGGGUACACUGUUUGCACUGUUUUGUCAAUUUGUGUUAGAAUAACAACUCAAAUCAAAAUGCUUGAAGUGAAACAGAAGAUGUUCGUCUGACUUUUGUCAGUGGGAACAUGUAUUGCAAAAUUUUAACACUGGAGAAGAGCAUGUUUUUCUUCACUUAUAUAUCCGUCCUCCUCAUUUAUUUUGCUGAUUUGACUGUGGCAUUUCCAGUUGUGGUUGGCAGGAAAUAGAACUAGUACCGAUACUAGUCUUUGCAGCCAUGUGUUUUAUCCUGUUGACUUCAGAAGUGGUGCUGCAGCCAAUUGGUAUACAGCUGAAAAUGAAGAUCAGUUACAAAAAUGUUUCUUGCACCUGGAUCAGUUUGUGAAGCACUCUGAGUAACCCUCUAUAUCUUUUCUUCUUAUUUUUCGUGUAUUCAUUCUCAUGGGGGUAAUCUUCUCUUCAGAAUAUUUCCAGAUUUGUGAGAAUGUAUUAUAAGACCAAGAGAGGCCAAUACAUGUAAGAGAUGUGCUUGUUUAAAAGGAACUUUAAGGCAAGGAUUUUCCCACCGUAAUAUUCCAUUUCGAUAUUUUCGUAACUCGAUUGUUUCCUUGAAGAAUAUUUUAGAGGGACAAAAAAGUGUUACAAUGAUUUAUACUGUACAACUGUCUUCAUGUCUCUGAUCACAUUGCUGUAACAUAUUUGUGGGUGAAUUAUAUCAGUAUGUGUAGGUACGUGUGCUGUAAAUUACAGAUGUAGGGUGGAUGCAUAUGACCAUGUUAAUACAUGAAGUAGAAAUCAAAAAUUGAGAAAAUGUGAAUUGUUAGUAGAUUUUAAGAUUUUAACAGUAAUUACCAAAAUUAUUUUUGAGAUUAAUCCUGAAAUGUAAUCUGUUUUUAAUCUUUUUUACUACGUUUAGCUGUACUAAUGGCAUGAAAAUGUCACGCUUGCCAAGUUCAUAGUCCUGUAAAAGUGUCAUGGACAUGGUCGUUCAAUCCCAUUUAAAUGUUCAAUUUGAAUAGACAGUGAGUUGUCAAAACCAAGUUGUCCAGUGGUUUUGAGGUCAUGUUCCGGCUUGACCUUUAUUUUCAUAUAGGUACUUCUAUGGACAGGCUUGGCCUUCUCAUGUAUCAUUUCACAUCAUUGUUGUAUAAUAACUGUCAUUUUAGCAUGUUUUCUGUGUAUAUAGAGAGAAAUCAAAGCAACAGGUUUGCAAUAGGGCAGGAUCCAACCAUACCAGCUUUUGGUGUGCAAGCAUGUUGAAGUAGACUUUAGUAUGUGUAGAAGAUGAACUCUGUGAUAUGUUAAUGUAUAUAGCUAAUGCAAUGCCUGUGGACCUGGUUAGUAGGACAGUUUCUGAGGCAAUUUAAGAAUAUCAGCAUCAGUUGGCUCCAUUCAAAGAUAGCCUUAUGAUUUUUAGAUGAAAAAUGCUAAGAAUUAUGCUGUGGUUUUGAGAAAAUGCAUGCUAGCACUGAUAAUGUGCAUUUCACUUGACCGUUUUCUAUUGAUGCUGCAAAUCAACCUGGAGAGAGUACCACAUAUGUUGUUUCUAAAGGGUUUGAAUUACUUUUCCCUGAAAACUAUGGAACAGACAGACUGUGUUAAUUUUUGGGAGAGAAAUUGCAUUUACAGACUGUUAAUAGCAAUAAUGCUGUGGUUUAUCACAAAUUAAAAUAGGGCCUAGUUGUUAAAGGAGUACGUAGUGUCCCAAGAUAAUUCUGGGUCGGCACUUCUGAUAUUCAUGAAGUUUCAGGACAGUGGGACUGUUACUUCUUGGGUGAAUCAAAAGACACUCCUCCUUUAAAAGUACUUUUAUAUGUCAAUAAAUGUAUCUUUUAACAACAUCUGUUUUGUGUUUGGAUCAGUUUUACGUGUAUUUUAUAUCACUUCUCACUACAUAUUACAUUUGAUUAGAUAUUCUAAUCAUUCUAAGUAAGAAAGCAGUAGUAGAUUGAAUAGCGCAUGUAUAGUUUGACAUGCAGUGUACAUUAUUUCUUUGUAUAUCUGUGCAUAUUAUAAAUGCACCUUGCUUUCGACAUAUUCCAACAUAUCAAACUAAUUACAUGUACCAUAAUAUCCACAUCAUUUUAACUUCUAACUUAUCAUUAGUAGGGUUACUACUCAAAGUGAUCUUGUAGUCUUUCAAAUAUCUUAUCGAUUUCUAUAAAUUUUCUUUGAUAAGGAUAAUCUAGUGUCUGUAUUAACAGUUGCUGCAAAUCCAUCCACUAUAAAACUGGUGAAGAAAUUUGGUCAGUGUUGGUUACCAGGUUAUUGGGAAAAAAUGAUGAAAAAUUUGUUUCCUGAAAAUCCUUUAGUGUUGGACAUUAAACUAACAUGGCUGAUGGCACCAAUAAGUUCUUUUUUGACAGAAGUCAGAAGGGCAUGUGUCACCAGUGGGUUGGGUAGUGGAAAUUUCUUGAGUCCUGCACAUGGCAAAGGAGUGGCCUGAGUCCCUGAAGAGCAAAUUUCAAAAUGCUUAGCACACACAUGAUGUGGGAAUGAUUUCUCCGUCCUGGUUCCAGCGAUAUCUUAAUCUUCUGAUUCUGUCAAUCUUACUUUUGCUGAAAUUACAUGUCCUUUGAUUUAUAGUGUUAAAAAUGCCAUGUCUCAAGAGAAAACAUUUCAUUGAGAAAAAAAAUUAACAUAACUUGACCGUCAUUUUUCUGGUUUCGAUUACGGGCUGGUAAGAUUAUUCUUACCCUGAAUAUUUAACUGCAAGUCUCAUGACAGAAGUCUAUGAUGCAUACCAGGGUAUGUAAAUAGUGUGAAAAUGUAAAAUUAUGUACUUUGAUUCACUCUUCACAAUUCUACCUUUUGUGAAAUGAAGAAAUAUUUUGUAAAGUUAAACGCACAAAUUCAUUUAUUGCAUAAUAUUCCUAUUGUACAUGAAAAUUGAAGUAAUGCUUGGCAUGUGGACUAGUAAAUUGAUGCCAAAAUAUUGCUAUGUUUUCAACAAAAGUUUGUAUCUUUAUUUUACAAGGACUUGACACGAAUGCAUUGUCUGUUAAGACUAAGAGUGCUCUUGCAUCAAAAAGUAUAGCAUCAUCCUCCAUGAUGAGGUUACACUAUUAAUUCUUGUCAAUGAAACCCCUGUCCACUUUAUACAUGUUAUAUUCAUUUGAUCUGACUUGUAAUGUAUAGUUAUGCAUAUCAUAUAUCUAACAUUGUUUAGGCCCCAACAUAUUGUGUGAAAUCUACUACUAUACAUUAUUUAAUUUUGAGUAGUUUUAAAUCAUAUAUGAAAUCUUAUUUUACCUUGUUACAGAUACUGACAUGUUUCCUUCUGACAGGGUAAGAAUAGAUUAUACUGUUUCAAUAUAAUCCCGCCCAUUGAGGGGUGUCUGUUACUCAUAGACCUACUGUGAACCAUGAAAUUUUCAAGAUACUAAAAGUUGGCGAAUUUCCUUGUUUUGAAUUGGGGAAAGACUAGAUAUUCAGUUUGCUGCCGAAAGUUAACUUUUUGCCAUUUAUGAGUUAGCGCAUAGCAGUGCGUUUGCAAAAAUCACAAAAAUAAACCACUCGUGAAAAUUUUUCGGUUUCAAGUAUAUUAUCAGGUUAAGGCAUAUUUUGUAGUACAGGCACCUCUCAACCAGCGUACAUGUAUCAACGAAGUAUAUUCCAACAGGAGGAAUCCCCUUCAGAAAGCUCGCAAUUCGAAGUUUGAAAGCGAAGGAAUUCUGUAUACAUCACAACAGCUGUCAGUGAAGCUCACCACAAAUGAAUGAUUUUUAUCACUGCAACAUGCGAUAUUUAGCACAUGCAGCAAAUCUUUGUCAAAACACGGUCAUCACUGCGAUAACACCAAACUUGUUUGAUUUUAUUGCAGACCACUGUAACCAGAGUAUGACUGCAAUAAAAGAUAAUUACUUGUCUGCAGCCUGUUUCUCGGUUUUGGUGGGCAAAGCUUUUCAAAUCACCUCCUGUCAUUGUGUUAACUAUCAUUAUUCCCGCUUACUAUCUGAGCUAAUUCACCAUAUCAUUUGUUUUAGGAAAUAUACAUGUUUAUAUACAGACUUUGUACACCUGUAUGUAUGUGUAUGGAAAUAAAUUAUUUUAUGUAUUUUGGUA